GCACGUUUCCGACUUUACGGUCUCUUUUUGCCUGUGACACGGAAUCAUGGCGGUUGGCAAGAAUAAGGGGCUUUCCAAAGGAGGCAAAAAGGGAGUGAAAAAGAAGAUUGUGGAUCCUUUUACUCGUAAAGACUGGUAUGAUGUCAAGGCGCCGUCUAUGUUCGCCAAUCGACAGGUUGGAAAAACUUUGGUUAACAGGACUCAAGGAACAAAAAUCGCUUCCGAAGGACUUAAAUUUAGAGUAUUUGAAGUAUCUCUGGCUGACUUACAAAGCGAUCAAGAUGCGGAGAGAUCUUUCCGAAAGUUUAGAUUAAUCGCGGAAGAUGUUCAAGGACGUAAUGUCUUGACUAACUUUCAUGGAAUGGAUUUGACAACCGAUAAACUUCGAUCAAUGGUGAAGAAAUGGCAAACUCUGAUCGAAGCUAAUGUAGAUGUGAAGACUACAGAUGGCUAUCUCCUCCGAGUUUUCUGCAUUGGUUUUACAAAUAAAGAUCAAUUAAGCACGAGAAAAACGUGUUAUGCUCAGCAUGCGCAGGUUAAGAAAAUCAGGCAGAAGAUGGUUGAAACCAUUACGGAAGAUGUUACUAAAACUGAUUUAAAGGGCGUGGUUAGUAAAUUGCUUCCGGAUGCCACGGCUAAGGACAUCGAGAAAGCCUCGCAAGGCAUUUAUCCUCUGCACGAUGUUUAUAUUCGUAAGGUGAAAGUAUUGAAGAAGCCGCGCUUCGAACUCAGCAAAUUGUUGGAGUUGCACGGAGAUGGAGGCGGUAAUAAGAGUGAGGAAACCGGCGACAGCGGUUCCAAGAUAGACAGACCAGAAGGUUACGAACCACCAGUACAGGAGUCUGUUUAAAGAUGAGUGUUUUAAGCUUUCAUAAAAAUAAAAACUACAUGAUUGUGUAAA